UAUAACAUCAGCUGAUUCUGGAUUUGAUAAAAUAGCAAGAAAUUUAGAAUCGAAACAUACUUUAUGAAAUAAAAUGCACUGGAAUUUUAUAUCAUUACGAUCUGCAUCAAAGGUUCUAUUAUUGUCAAGAGUUCAGUGUGCCAAAAUCUUCCCAACAAGGGCCUAUUGUGAAAAUAAUGGAGGUCAAAAGUUCCGAUCCUGGAAGUGGAAUUCACUGGUGUACAUUUCUGCACCUCUUGUGCUGUGUGGUUGUGUUGGGGCUUUUGCCUGGCUGCGCAAAGAUACAGUGUUGGGACAGGGGGACCAGGUGAACGUCUCACGGAAGAGAAGAACACUUGAAAAUGCAAUACAAGAGAGUAGAGACAUUAUCCAAAGAGUAAAGGAUGAGGUUGGUGCCCCAGGAAUUGUGGUUGGUGUGUGUGUUGAUGGUGAGCAUGUCUGGAAAGAAGGAUCGGGCUAUUCUGAUGUUGAGAAUCGUGUCCACUGCAACUCGGAGACAGUCAUGAGGAUAGCCAGCAUCUCCAAGGUUAUCACCAUGACGAUAGUUGCCAAGCUGAUGGAGAACAAUCAACUUGAUAUUGAUAAACCGGUUCAAGAAUAUGUGAAGGAAUUUCCAGAGAAAACCUUUGAGGGGGAAAAGGUUACCAUAACAACGCGUCAUCUAUUGUCACACGUGAGCGGGAUCAGACACUAUGAGACGGCUGAAGAGAUUCAGAAGAAGAAGCAAGAAAAGGAACGAGAGAAGAAAGAAGGCAAGAAGUUGGUCAAGAACGAGAAUGAGUUAAAGAUGAAGGAGUAUAAUCUGAAGGAGAAAUAUGCGAGUGUGAAGGAUGCCUUGAUGAUCUUUAAAGAUGAUGAGUUGAUACAUAAGCCAGGCACUGAGUUCCUCUACUCAACCCACGCUUGGACGCUUGUUAGUGCUGUGUUAGAGGGCGCCACUAAGAAGGAAUUCCCGGACAUGCUGCGUAGUUUAUUCAAAGAGCUUGGCAUGACGAGGACGUAUCUAGAUGAAAACGAGCCGCUGAUUUAUGGAAGAUCAAGGUUUUAUGAAAGGAACAAUAAAGGUAAAAUAAUGAAUACACCAUACGUGGACAACUCUUACAAGUGGGCUGGAGGUGGAUUACUUUCAACUGUUGGAGACUUGUUAAAGUUUGGCAAUGUUAUUUUAUACAGUUACCAAUGGCAUCCAAACAACUUUUCUUCUGAGCUGUCUACCGGAAUUCAUAUGUCUAAUGAAUCAGAGGAGUUGGUUGUAAAUCAUGAAAAAGACAUAAUCAAAGCAAAAGGUCUUCCAGGAUAUUUAAGUCGGCAGACUAUAGUAAAGACUUGGGACGUGAAUGAGAAGGCCAAGUGCUCAUGGGAUAAGAAUGGUCACUUUGCUUUAGGCUGGGCUGUUGUUCCUGAGAAGAAGACGAAUGGUUGUUGUCAGGAGCAGCGUUUCUAUAUCUCACAUACAGGUGGAGCUGUUGGUGCUUCCAGUGCCUUGGUUAUCCUUCCACGUGAGGGUGAAGGCAGUCAUACAGUGCCCCCUAGUGGUGUGGUUGUUGGUAUAAUAACAAAUCUGAGUAGUGUUGGACUUGCUAAGGUUGCCAUGGAGAUAGCUGCUUUAUUUGAAGAUGUUCCCAUGCCGAUUCAAGGCAAGUAACUUCUUCCAUGCCAAUUUUCAUGUCGCACACCAAAAUAAGCGUGAACAACUUAUUUCUAGUCACCUUGUUUGUUAAGCACGCAGGCAUACAGGUUAAUGUCACUGCCUGACAAAAUCGUGCAUACCAUGACACCAAUAAAAAAGUGAGUCACAUUGCAGGGGGGGUUUAAUUUGACCACUCAUCACUCUGUGCCACUGUGUUAAUCAAUCAGCAAUCAGUCGACAAGCAUUGUUUUCUGCCAAGUUUUGUUUUGCUUGUCAAAAGUUGUAAUGUCCAAUGUGAAUGAUUUUG